AUGUCUACACUCGCGGAUGAGCUCCUGCAGGACUUCGAGGACUCUGGGUCAGACCGUGAGGAUGUGCAGAGCGAUGGCGGCCUUGACGGCGUGACUGGGCCGUCCCUGCGCGCCGAAGUGGACGACGAUGAGGACAUGCAGCUCGAUGGUGACGAGGAACCGUUCGAAGAUGGUGGAGAUGAUCAUCAAAUGGGAGGACUUGACGGCGUCGUCGCCGAGGUCCCAGAGGAUGAUGAUGAAGCCAAAGCAGCUGUCGAGAAGAUGCAACUCGGGGCCGUGAAGGAUGUGCGCAAGGUUUCUACAAUCAUGGACAGGCUUCAGCCUCUGUUAAAGGACAUUGCACGGUUCCAAGAAAAGCCUCUCGCACCUGGCACAAUCAACGUCGGUAAUAUCGAAGACAACCCCGAGUACAAAGUGUUGACCCAGUCCAACACUCUCUCGACUCAGAUCAACGGCGAAAUCAUGAAAGUGCACAAGUUCAUUCGCGACCACUACUCUUCGCGGUUUCCCGAACUUGAGACGCUUAUACAGAACCCUGUCGAGUAUGCCAAAGUUGUCGCCAUCCUUGGGAACGGGCCGAUGGACUCUGAGAAUAUGAGGACGCUCCAAACCUCUACAGAUAACAUUCUUGGCCAGUCACUGAAGGCCGUCCUGGAUGGUCCGUCCCUCAUGGUCGUGACCGUGGAGGCCACGACCACCAAGGGGGAAGAGCUGUCCCCCGAAGAACUGGACCGUGUGAUUCGUGCAUGCGAGAUGAUGAUAGCUAUGGACAAAGCCAAGGCUACAUUAACCGACUAUGUUCAGUCGCGUAUGAACGUCUUUGCGCCGAACCUCACAGCCAUCGUGGGAUCUUUGACAGCAGCGCAGCUGAUCAACACUGCUGGUGGACUCACUCCGCUUUCAAGAACACCAGCCUGCAAUCUGCCCUCGUGGGGAUCCAAGAAGCCGCGACUAGCCUUCGCCAGCAACACGAGUGUGAAGUCUCAAGGUUACAUUUAUGAGUCCCCUCUGAUUCGAGGCAUCCCCACGGAUCUCAAGAAGAAAGCCAUGAAGGCUGUGGCUGCCAAACUCGUACUGGCCGCGAGAGCGGAUACAGGUCAUAGCAGUCCGGACGGCUCAUACGGCGAGGAACUUAGGAGCCAGUGUCUUGAACGCCUAGACAAGAUGACAGAACCGCCGCCAAACAAAGGACAACGAGCCCUACCAGCUCCGGAUGACAAACCAUCCAGGAAGCGCGGUGGACGUAGAGCACGCAAGGCCAAAGAGGCGACGGCCAUGACGGAUCUGCGCAAGGCUCAGAAUCGUAUGGCAUUCAAUAAAGAGGAGAAAGAGACUGGGUAUGGUACUGGCGAUUCUACGGCAGGCAUGGGCAUGAUCGGAGCAAGCAACGACGGCAGGAUACGUGGAAUUCAGAUCGACAACCGGACACGUGCCAAGCUCAGUCAAAAGCACAAGGGGUGGGGAGGAGCCUCGACCAUUGGCGGCGCGGCAUCGUCCCUCCGUGGCUUUGGUCAAACACCAGGUCAGAUAGACCUUCGCGGCAAGGGCUUGCGAACUUCUGGUGUGGGCUCAACCAUUGGAGGGGGUGCAGGAACGGCUUCAUCGUUAGCAUUCACUCCAGUGCAGGGACUAGAGCUCGUUGACCCCAGUAUACAGGCCGAACUCAAUCGCAAAAGGAAGGCGGAAGAAGACCGGUGGUUUUCUGGCGGCACCUUUACGCAGGUUGGCGGUGGCGGUUCCGCGACCAAUGGCGGCUUCAAGGUACCCGGGUUGCCCGCCAGCAAGAAGGUUGACACUGGUCAGGGCAAGAUGCUGCCUCCAGCGCUACCUGCCAAGAAGUAA